AAUAUCUAAACAACCUGACAGUUGCUGAAAGCGUCGCCCAUAAUCCGUGGUUUCCUGAAUACUGGAAGAUAAAAUACAACUGUAUAGCGGAAAAAAAGAACUCGAUCUUAUCAGACGCUAUGAAAGCGAGGUCCCAAGACGAAUGCCUCUCCUGCGAUCGUCGUGAGUUGUUCCCGAGUUGCGCAGACGCGUACGGCAACGAGACUAAUCCAGCAGUGCAGAAGCACGGCGCACUGAUGAGCGAUUCCAUAGACGAUGCUCCCUAUGUCAUAGACGCUGUCUUAGCCUUUGCUAAAGCGCUACACACCAUCCUAGCCGAGGAGGGUCUUGUACAGAGCGGGGACGCCGAGCAGCAACAUUUCACGCCCACAGGAAAUGAUCCGGUGGGCGCCACGGCUUCCAAAACGUCACAAAAUAUUCGUCAAAAUAUUCACCAAACCCCCGCAGAUACGGAACUACGACUUGAGGACGAAGACACACAGGCUACGACUGACGAUAUGGCAACGCCGCAACAUGAUAAUACAGAGAACAAACCACUGCACGCAACGGAACACGUUAGUGGCGACACAGGUCAAGGUACGGCGAAUCAGAAGCAAGCGUCUUCCUCUAGUGUAACCGAUAAACAGACCACCGAGCAGAUCGCCACGGACAAUGAUCAGAUGACGACUAUACCUCCGCCGAUUGACCUGCCGCUAUUAACUCCAGAGCGGCUGCUGAACGCCGUACAGAAUGUUGAGUUUGUUGGUCACACGGGAGAAGUGAAGUUCGACGCCAAUGGUGACGUGAAGGGCGGUUACCUAGUAACAAAUAUGCGAACGUCUAGUGACAACAACUAUUCGUACAAGUACAUAGGGGCGUGGAACGGGCGACCGGCAGUGCCCGUCUUCACAUUACACGUCGACCAGAUAGAGUGGCCAGGUCACGAAACCAGCGUGCCGUUCUCUGCCUGUAGCCGCGAGUGUCAACCAGGCUAUAGGAUGGUAUAUGGACAGAAGAAGUGCUGCUGGGACUGCGUACGCUGUCCUAUAGGUUCGAUUACUAGUGAGGCAGGCCAGGCUGAAUGCACCAAGUGCUCAGAAUUGCACUCGAUAGAGUUCACGUCUACUACCGACGGAUCUAGCUGUGUUCAGCUUCACUACGUAUAUCUGAGAUCAUCUGACCCAGAAGCCGUAUUAGGCAUGUGCGUGGCCGUGGUAGGAGUGCUGCUCUCGGUGAUGGUGCUUAUAGUAUUCGGCAUCUAUCGCGACACACCAGUCGUGAAAAGCUCGAACCGCGAACUAAGCUUCCUGCUGCUAGCCAUUCUGACUGCAUCCUUCAUCCUGCCGUUCAUGUACAUCGGCGAGUCAACGGACUUCAGCUGCACUGUGCAGCCGGUGUUCUUCGGCAUCGUCUACACCAUAUGCAACUCAAUCCUGCUCGCAAAGACGUACCACUACAUUCGCAUCUUCAACCUGAAGACGCGUGCUGUCAAUGCGACGGUGCACCACAAGCAGGGGAUCAUCGUGCUGUGUCUGAGCGGGAUCGAGGUUCUCAUGCUGGUGGCGUUUCUCAUCGCCAGCACGCCGUACGCGCAAAAGGCCGUCAGCCUGGAUAAGGAAGUACAGGUCUACUGCAGCGCGGAGUGGGUGUACCUGCAGGCGAUGUCGAUGGCGUACAUCUCUGCACUGGGCAUCGUCUGCACGGUGCUCGCCUUCAAGGCGCGCAAGCUGCCGGAGAACUUCAACGAGACGAAGCACAUCAGUCUGACGAUGCUCAGUCUGAACCUGGUGUGGAUCGCCAGCAUCUCCGCUUACUUUGGCGUGUCGAGCAAGACACGCAGCUGCGUGCUGUGCCUGUGCGUGAACGCAGCGAGCAUCUUCAUUCUCGUCUGCAUGUUCUUCCCGCGCGUGUUCAUCAUCUUCUUCCAUGCGGACAAGAACACGCCAGAGUACGUGCAGACAGUCACGAUGCGACACACAAUGGCCAGCACGAUGCGCAGCAUAUCAGAGGGUACCCGCAUGUCCACGGCAUCUAAACGUUCUGACAGUUACCAGAGUAAGCGACAAAGCAACAGUUCGGCGAGUAAAUCGGAAACAACUAACAGUGGGUCAAACAGUGGCUCCCUCUCUAGGCAGAUUUCAAUGCGAACAAUGCUUGGCGUGGCAGAGCAGAAUGAAGGACCCGCAGCCAUAGAGACGGAGGCCGAUAGUAAUGCUGCCACCUACGUAAACGCGGCAUUUGUGGGGGAUGAGGGUCCAGAGACAGAACCGCAGGUGAGCACUAUACCGAUUCCGCCACCAAGAAAGAAGAAGAUGAGGAAGAGCAGUCUCAGCUUGGGAGUCACUGACCAGUCAAACCCCCAGAGCGAGGAUACAAAGGACAUUCACACCACCGCGUGCGAGGAGGACUAUAGUGGGCCCUCUUCUCAUGCGCCCAUCACGCGUGAUCUUAGCCAGCAGAUAUCUGACAUGUUACAAGCUGCCGAUGAGCGAAGGUAUGUUAACAGCGAGCUCUCAGGUCUAACAAGUAUGGCAGUGAGCAAGGCUGGCACGCACACAAACCCAACACUCGUGGGCGACAGGAAGGUGGAGGUCGCCUGCGAGGUAAAAAGGUCACCGCACACAUCACACAAGAGAAGGAAGAGAAAGAGUGUCUCAUUCGCCGAAGAUUCCGUUGUUCUCCCGGGUUUGGAUACCAUAGAAGUGGCCAGAGAUAAUGAAGAAGUAGAAGCAGUAGUAAAACCCGACGUGGAAGAGGCAGUAAAAUGUGGCACAGAAGCAGCACUAAAAUCAAACACGGAUCUGGGAGUAUUGGGAAACAGUAAGGUGCCAUUAAGUUUUGAAGAAGCCGGCCUCGAGCAGUAUAGAGAGCUUCCAGAAUCAAAGGCAUGAUUCUAUAUACGUUUCAAAUAUAUCAGUGGUCACAGAACUGUUCUUCUAGUGAUGUCACUAAUUAC